GCGGUAGGAGCCGGCGGAAGGCUCUCACUGCUCACUCUUUGAAGGUGACUGACGGUUAUGGCCGCUGCGCGUCUCUCGGUCCGGAGUAAGAUCCUGCCGGCCCUGUUGGGCCGCCUCCGGCCUCACCCAGGAACUGCCGCGGUGGGCACGAUCGGCACGCGUGCUGAGGAGAAAGUAACACACACGGGACAGGUUUACGAAGAGGGUGAUUACAGAAAAGUCAGAUUUGUUGGUCGACAGAAAGAAGUAAAUGAAAGCUUUGCUAUUGAUUUAGUAGCUGAGGAGCCUGUAACUGAGGUAUCAGACAGACUGGUUUCAUGUGAUGGUGGUGGUGGAGCUCUUGGACAUCCUAAGGUGUACAUAAACUUGGACAAAGACACAAAAGUUGGAACAUGUGGUUAUUGUGGGCUUCGAUUUAAGCAGAUACGUCAUUGAGAGGAACCAUUGGAAUCUCCUCGCAUUGUUUCUCUUUAUGACAGUGUUGUAUAGGCUUCAACUAUGAAACGUACAAAAAAAUAAAUUAAUUGAGCUCUG